AAGGCCGUCAUCUCUUCCAGAGUUUAGAGACUCCUGCCAGCUACCAGGACAGAUGGGGAAUAGCAAGAGCCUCUCGGGGCAGAGUCUCUCCCCGCGGUUUCUUCCUGCGGAGCAGGCCGAGAUCGACAGAUUGUUUGAUGCUCUGUCGUCGGCGGAACUCCGCUCCAGUACCUCGCCCAGAUCCUUCUCUCUGCAGGCACUGAAGAGCCAUGUGGGGGAAGCUCUUCCCCAAGAGAUGGUCACCAGACUGUUUGAGGGCAUGCGGAGGGUGGACGUGACUGGGAAGACCAAGGGGCCCAGUGAGCGCAUCUCCCAGGAGCAGUUCACAGUGUCCAUGUCCUACCUUUUGAAAGGAAAUGCUGAGGAGAAGAGUCUUGUGAUCCUGAAAAUGAUUUCUGCCACAGAAGGUCCCGUGAAAGCAAGAGAGGUCAAAAAGUUUACAGAGGACCUGGUUGGCUCUGUGGCACAUGUGCUAAACUACAGACAGGAGCUGAGAGGCUGGACUCAGAAGCAAGCCCCAGGCUCCUCGUCCAGGGUGCAGGUGCUGGCUGCUCAGCUGUGCUCCGAGAUGAAGCUUCAAGGCGGAGAGAAGCCUCUGGGGCCUCAGCGGCUGGAAUGUGACCGAACCACAGUUGAGGACUGGGUGUUCCGGGCUCCCCACGUGGCCACGUUUCUGAGCGUGGUCAUCCACCAAGGCUUCCUCCUCCUGGGCUCGUCCGUCGAUCUGGCCACCCUGGUCCCCGAGCGCCAAGUCGACCAGGGACGGGAGUUUGCGAGCGUCCUGGAUGUCCUGUCCGUUAUCUACAUCAACUCCCACCUGCCCAGGGAGCAGAGGCACCACUGGCGCCUGCUGUUCUCAUCCGAGCUCCACGGGCACAGCUUCGCCCAGCUCUGCGGGCGCAUCACACACUGCGGGCCCUGCGUGGUGCUGCUCGAGGACCACGACGGCCAUGUGUUCGGUGGCUUUGCUUCCUGCUCCUGGGAGGUCAAACCUCAGUUUCAAGGGGAUGACAGGUGCUUCCUGUUCUCCAUCUCCCCCAGCAUGGCCGUGUACACCUCCACGGGCUACAAUGACCACUACAUGUACCUGAAUCAAGGGCAGCAGACCAUCCCGAAUGGACUGGGCAUGGGAGGGCAGCACAAUUAUUUUGGCCUGUGGAUCGAUGUCGAUUUCGGGAAAGGACACAGCAAGGCCAAGCCCACAUGUACCACGUACAACAGCCCUCAGCUCUCGGCCCAGGAGGACUUCCGGUUCGAGAAGAUGGAGGUGUGGGCGGUGGGAGAUGCUUCGGUGACACAGCUGGCCAAGAACACCAAGAGCGUUCUGGACGUGGACCCUACGGCCCAGGCCCUGCUGGAAGUCAGUGGGCGGAUUCGCCACAGCGAAGGGCUCCGGGAGGUGCCUGAGGACCAGUGAGGCAGAGCCCCCAGCACGGGCCUUCCUGGAGCUGGAGCACAGCCUGCAGACUGUGUUUUACUUUAAUCCAGAGCGUGCUGGUCACGUCUAGGUGGUCCUGGAGGUGCCUAAUUGAAACAGAGUACAGUUCCUCUGAUGCUAUAUAUCGAUUGGUGGGUGUGUCUCCCCCGAAAUGUGUCCAAUUACCAGCUUGAUUCCUGGACUUCGCUCAUUUUGUACAGAUGAAAUCCAAAGACGAUGCUGAGACGUUUGAGACCGACUGGAAUUAGCAGUGGUUGGGGAUUUGAGUUCUUGCUGUAGGGGAGGGGGAGUCCACUCACUGAGGGUCACUUGGCCUCUGCACAGGCCUCCCAGCUAAAAGCCUCGAUGUCCCAUUUCUACUGGUAAAGGGCAGAAGUGCUCAGAUGGGAAUCUCAACCCUUUGGGGAACAGCUUCCUCUGACAUGGAAUUUUUGUAUUUCGGAAAAAAAAAAAGCACAGGAGUGUACUAACGGGGGUAACAGCUGGAGAUUUUGAAGAUAACGGUGAUAUGGGUCUUCAGUAAGGUUCAGUAUCUGCCUUUCUCAGCUGUUUUUAACACAUUACUGACCAGAGACGUAUUAAUACGUCUUUUGUUACCCAAACAUCAUUGACCAGAGACGUUUCAGUAUUCAUUUACCUAACAAAUCGCCAUCCACAGGCGUUAGUUUCUGCAAAAAUGCCCCGGUCAAUGAUGAGUUAAGUGAGUCUGUGCUAUGAGCAAAUGGGAAAACCAGGAGGUCUACAGAGAAGCAAAGUUGUGGUUCUCUUACUAAUUUAAACGUGGGGCCAUUUGGGGCCCUGAGGCUAAGAUUCCUGUUAAUACACGUAUGGCCUGUCGCAGGAAUUAGUGGUGAGUAACUGGACUGGCCCGGGCUCCUGACCUCCCAGCAUCACCCCCACCCCGUGCUGCUUCCUGAGGGGAUGUUGGGUACUUUGACAGCAUGGACUUGCUUUAAACGAACAGUGAUCCUGAAGUGCUAGCAAAGAUGUUGGUGGGCUGGACCUCAGGCAGAGCUGCCGUGUCCCUUCCAGUCCCUGCAUCCCUCGGAGGCGGCCUGAAGAAUCUCCGGACACUGAGAAUCCCGCUCAGCGGAGCUUUGCCCUUUGCUACCCAUUGCCCUUCUGCAGAUCUGACGAGAUGCUGCCUUGUUAUUGAGUUGCCCCCGAUUAUAAGCCAUAGUAAACCGAGCUGUUUGCAUUUCACAGGCUCUGCAUUUUCCACCGGGAGGCUCGUCACACUCUGCGCUGAGCCGAGCAGAAGGCCUUGCACAUGGGCCUUCGAAGAGAGGUGCUCAGACAGUGACAUGCACGCUCGGUCAUGAUCGAUUUUCCUUAUAAAAAGCCAGUUUUUAACAGCUUCUCAGACUCUGAAUGAAGCAGAUGACCGUCAUCAUGUGGGCGGGCCUCAUCCAAUCAGCUGAAGGCUAGAAGACUGAGGUCCCCGAGAAGAAAGGAAUCCAGACCCGAGCCCUGCCGUACCAACUCCUUCCUGAGUCUCCAGCCUGUUGGCCAGCACUGGAAAUGUCGGACUCCCUGGCCCCGACAGUCACGUCCUUCACUGUUUGUCCCAGGGCCUGGCGGGACACAGUGGUAGAUGGACGCAAGGCUGAGCCCAAGCUCCCCGCCGGUUUCCCAGGAAUAGCCAGGCCCCCUCCUCCCACUUCUGGUCCCCGUCACCACCGUUUCAGGCAGAGGAGGCCAAGCGACCCGGCGCAGCUUCCGAAGAGAAGCCUGCUGAAGGUGCAGGGCAGUCCCCGGGGUGCCCCACGCGGCAUGUGUGCUUGGGGCCCAGAGAGCUGUGGUCAUUGCAUGUGGCCCUUUCAGCAGGAAGUGCUUGCUGGCCCACUCCUGUCUCCAGGUAAGUGGGUCCCAGUGACACAGGCCCUGUUAAAACCCCCAACGGGGUAAACUCACUCCUAAGCUGGGGCAGCACAUCACAGGCUGAGCCUAGACUGUGGUCCAUCCUGGCGCUGCCCCUGGGCCUCGCCGUCCCUGCUCUGAGCCUCCUGCUGUGGGGCGGGGAGGGGGUGGGCCGGGACGUUGAGACCCCUGUGCCCUCCCUUGACUCCUAGCAGGUACCCCCGUGUUUCCCGCCUUCUCCACUCCCCCCAUCACGUCGCCCCCUCCUACCCAGUGCAGAUGUCCAGGAAAGAGCCCAGUCCUUUGGGGACAGGAAGGCCCCAUGCGGGGACUUCACGCCCCAGAAAGGUCUGCAGCUGCCCCGUGCAUGCGGCGAGGACGGCUGCGGUCCCGGGUGACCCCUCCCACUCACCGAGCGCCCCCAGGUUCUCCGUCUGGAAGACCUUCUGCAGGGGCGGCAGGUAUAUCACCGCUAGCUGCCCCAGGACAGACCCGAGCACAGAGUAGAGGAAUGUGCGGUUCCUGAGGAAGCCGAUCUCGGAUAUCAGCUUGGUCUGCGGAGAAGAAGGUCACAGUUGGGGCACAGGAGCCGCCUAGAGACGAGGGCCGGGAAAGCAUGAGCCGGGGCUCACCUGGGAGCGGCAGGUCAAGGCGUUGAAGAGGUCGAAGAGCACGAAACAGCUCCCUGGCCAUGUCAGCACAGGGGCUGUCUGAACCUGCAGGCCAUGGAAAGGUGACGCAUAGGAAGAGCCCCUACAGUGAGAACAGACAGCCUCUUCAGUGAGUGGUGUUGGGAAAACUGGAAAGCUACAUGGAAAACAAUGAAAUUAGAACACUCCCUAACCGUACACAGAAAUAAACUCCAGAGGGAUGAAAGACCUAAAUGGAAGGCCAGACACUAUAAAACCCCUAGCGGAAAACACAGGCAGAACACUCGGACAUAAAUCAGAGAAAUAUCUUCUUUGAUCCACCUCCUAGAGUAAUGAAAAUAAAAGACGACCCACAGAACGGGAGACAAUAUUUGCAAACGAGGCAACUGACAAGGGCUUAAUCUCCAAAAUAUAUAAACGGCUCAGACAGCUCAAUAUCAACAGAACAACCCAGUCAAAAAAGGGGCAGAAGAUCUAAAUAGACAUUUCUCCAGAGAAGACAUACAGACGGCCAAAAAGUGCAUAAAAAGAUGCUCAACAUCACUAAUUAGAGAAAUGCAAACCCAAACUGUAAGAGAGAACACCCCACACCAGUCAGAAUGGCCAUCAUCUAAAAGCCUACAACAAUAAAUGCUGGAGAGGGUGUGGAGAAAAGGGAACCUUCCUACACUGUUGGUGGGAAUGUAAACUGGUAGAGCCACUGUGGAGAACAGUAGGGAGGUUCCUUAAAAAACGAAAAAUCGAAUUACCCAGACAAAGCUAUAAUUUGAAAAGAUACCUGCACCCCUAUGUUCACAGCAGCACUACUUACAAAAGCCAAAACAUGGACGCAGCCUCAACGUCCAUCAACAGAGGAAUGCAUAAAGAAGAGGUGGUACAUACACACAAUGAAAUAUUACUCAGCCAGAAAAAAGAGUGAAAUAAUGCUCCUUGCAGCAACAUGGAUGGACCUGGAGCUUAUCAUACUAAGUGAAGCCAGCCAGACAAAGACAAAAUAUGUGCUAUCACUUAUACGUGGAAUCUAAAAAAAAUGAUACAAAUGAACUUAUUUACAAAACAGACUCACAGACUUUGAAAACAAACUUAUGGUUACUAAAGGGGAAUCGCUGGCAGGGAAGAUAGAUUGGGAGUUUGGGAUUAAUUUAUACACACUACUGUUACAUGCAAAUAAUCAACAAGGACCUACUGGGUAGCACAGGGAACUCAGUAUUCUGUAAUAACCUAUAAGGAAAAAGAUUCUGAAAAAGAAUGGGUACAUAUAUAUGUAUACCUGAAUCACCUUGCUGUACACCUGAAACUAACACAACAUUGUAAAUCAACUCUACCCCCAUAUAAAAUAAAAAUUAAAUAAAAAAUAA